AUGGACAGGUCCUGGCAGCGGCAAUGGGAUGCCUCCAGGCGGCAGGACAACAUUCACAAAAUAUUGGGGGUGUUGAAGCAGAGCAACCUUGCCAAUGGGAGCGACUCUAUGCAAUCCCUUACAGAGAUGGCGACCAAGUUUGAGGAGGCGGUGUUCCAAUCUGCGGAGAGCUCCGACAAGUACCUCCAAAAGAUUGCCACCAAGCUGGCCAAGGUCUCGGCCAAAAUGAGCGUGCCGGGGGCCCAGCAACAGAUGGGUCAGAACCCCCCCCUGCACAUUCCCCCCGGUCACAUGCCUGUGAGCCAGCUUGGGGGGGGCGCGCAGAUGCUCAACCAACAGAACGGGCAGCCUGGCCUCCGUAGCGGCUCACCGUCUCUUUACAGCGGCUCCCCUGGUCUUCCCGUGGGCUACUCCAGGGGGUUCAGCGCGCAGCCAAACCAGGGGGGAGCGGCAAGCACGCUCCCGAUGGGACCCGCCGGGGGGGUCCCCAUCACUGCGCUCGGCAUGGGGGGUGCACCCCCCGGGAGCUUUGGUCUGAACCCCGAGCAGAGUCGGCAGGAGAACUACAAUGCGUACCAACAGAGUGUGAACAGGCAGCAGUCCCAACGGCAGCAGCUCCCCCCCCAGCAAGUGCCAGCGAACAUGACCCCCCAGCAGACGCAGGCCUGGAUGGAGAUGCGCAACCGGGAGCUGAUGCAGCGGGCGACCCAGGGGGGGCAGCAGAAGGCAAACCAGCAGUUCCAGCAGCAGUUUGCGCUCCAGGGGGGCGGAAACCCCCAGAUGCUGACCCCCCAGCAGCAGCAGCAGCAGCACCAGUUGUACUUGCAGCAGCAGCAAUUGCAGCAUUUGAAGCGGCAGCAGCAGAAUCAGAUGCAGCAGGGAGGGCAAGUGCCGGUGCAGGGCAACCAGGCAAGGCCGGGGGUUCCGGCGGCAGCGGCGCCAGGCAUGGAUGUGGAGCAGCUUUGGCAGAGCCUGCAGCAACUGAAGGCCAAGUAUCUGGAGCCUCUGACUAAAGUCCGUGGGGAGCUAAACGCCCAACUGGCGGCAAUCACCGGGCAAGGCAAAGUCGAGCAGGAGAGGAGCCUGAAGAAGCUCGAGGCGUUUGCCGACCGGAUCAUCAUGGCGCUCAAGGCAGCGGAUCGAAAUCAAGCAGUUGCGAUGCAGCGCAACUUUCCCAAGGGGCUUGGCCAUUUUGAGCAGCAGAUGAUGCAGUUGCUCAACACGUGGCAGCAGAUGAAGUCGAGGGUGCCGGUGGUGGACCCCGCCAAAAAGGCUCAGCAGGAGCGCGACGCGCUCGUCCAGGCGCAGGCGGCGGCUCUCCAAGAGCGCCAGAAGAAGGAGCAGGAGAUUCUGCGCAUCCGGCAGCAGCAGCAGCAAGAACAGCUGCUGAAGCAACAGGCGCAGCAGCAGGCGCAGGCCCAGCAGCGAGCCCAGCAGGCGGCGCUCAAGCAGGCGCAGCAGGCUGCCGCACAGCAGCCACUGCCGCAGCAGCAGGGCAACGUGGCGGCGGCCAAAGCGGCCCAGUCAAAGCUCUUGGACCAAGUGUUGAGCGCCUUCGCUGUGCGAGCGAACAUGAGCGUGGCGGAUCUUCUGGCAAAGGUCCAACAGAGCAAGGAGCUGAAGGAGCGGGUCAGCUUCGAGGUUAAGAAGCUCCAGGCACGCAUGGCGCAGCAAGCAAGCGCUGGAUCACUGCCUCCCCCUACCCCCCCACAGCCGUCCGCCCCUGCUCCCCCCGUCAAGUUCGACAACUUCUCCCCCUCGCCGAUGCCAGCCCAGACUCCCCCC